AUGAUCCUGACGCGCCUCGUGGCGCGGCGGCAAGUCGCAGACCAGCAUCCUCCCCACCUCUUGCUCGCAGACUUCGGCAUCGCCGACGUGUUCAAGCCGGACAGCGCGACCAGCUUGCAGAAGAAGGGGACUUGGGCCUACAUGGCCCCAGAGAUCUUCGAGGACAUCAUCACGCCCAAGGUCGACAUCUGGUCGCUGGGCGUGGUCGGCUUCGAGCUGCUCUCGGGCAGUCGGCCCUUUGGCCAGACGCCCUUUGAAGUGCAGGUCUCCACCUGCUACGACCCCGAUCCCGUGGACGUUUCGGCAGUCCGCGCGGCUGGCGCCAGCCAGGCUGCCUGCACCUUCGUCUCGUGGCUGCUUACCAAGCAGGAGACGCUGCGGCCGAGCGCUGAGGAGGCACACCGGGACAUGAGCUGGCCAGACCUGGCGCAGAAUGACGUGGCCUCCAUGAUCGGAUUCGGCUCCAAGAGCACCUUCUCAAAGGUCCAGAAGCCUGUUGCCAAGGAUGUGCCUGCUCAGCUGGCUGUGUGGAGCAAGUUGGACUCAGAUCUUCGUGCGCUUCUUUUUGACAGUGGGGGUGUUUUUCAGACUGCCUUCUGUCAUUGCGAAGUUUCCCCUUCUUCCAGGCAUCGCGGGAUAUUUCCAUUGCCCAUGCUGUUGAGCUGGCCAGAUGACGCGGAGGUGCCCCUUGAAGAUGUUCCUGCAGCAUUGUGUCUCGCGAAUGCUUGCCUGGCCAGUUUAAACUUGUUGUGGGCAGAUUUCAAGGAGACGCGGUCGCAGGCUUCUCCGACAGCUCAGGCAACGACGGGGCAGCUUGAGGUCCACACACGUGUAGCUCACAGAGUUCGUCGCAUGCUGCAACGGAUGAGGCCAACGUCCACCCAGGACUUCGCGUGGGAUGGUGGCUUCGCCAGGUUUGAGACUGGAGCUAGUUUGCAAUGCGAGCCUUUGCGGGGUACAGCAGUGGACCUUCCAGAGAGAGCCGGAACCUGCAAUCCAUUGGCCCAUAUACAUGAAGAGCUUCGUCGCGCAGUGGCUGACCCUUCGGUCAUUUUUCCUGACCCGGGACCACACAUUCCAGAUCUGGAUGGUAGGGCUGGCGUCAGCAUGUCUGAGUACCUGGUUUUGGUGUCGCGUGAGCUCGCGUGUGGCAAGCUGCGUUUGCGAAGGCGCGUGAGCGGGAUGGCCUCUGUGUUCGCAGUGAAGAAGGCAGCGGUUGGGCGGCAACGAAAAAUCUGGAAUGGGGCUGAGCUGUCUCGGCUCGCGUCGCAGCCUCCCAGACCGGAGCGGCUCGCAAACCCGGCGUCCUUCCUCGACAUACAUGUGGAAGCUGGUGAGGCCGUCUACUACUCAAAACGAGAUGCUGCAACUUUCUUCGACUCUCUUCAAGUUCCUCCUUCUCUGCAGCCGUGGUUCGGACAGCCAGCCGUCAGUGCAGCAGAGCUCGCAGCUGCGAGUGGCCAAACGUUGCGAGACCUCAGCAUUUUGGUGGAUGACUUGGAUGGCGAAGAGUUGGACGAAGACUGUCUGCUUCAUCCUGUUAACGUUGUGUGGCCGAUGGGAUUUAGCUGGUCUUCCGCUGUCGCCCAAAGCACCACCCUGAGUGUCGUUACAAACUCUGGGGUGCAACCAGAUGCUGUGCUUUGCAUGGAACAGCCCCCGCCGCUUGACCAGUCAGUUCUUUGCUGGGUUGCCACCGACGACACUGUCUUCGCCCACAGAAACCGGCAGCAUGGAGCCAAGACCCUGGCACGCUUCGAUGCCGCAAUGGACUCUGCCCACAUUCCACGGAAUGCAGGCAAGGAUGUCUCGCUGGCUAGCCAUAUCACAGCACUUGGUUGCGAUUUUACCAGCCAGCCUUACUUGGUGGAGCCAGCUACUGCUAAGUUAUCGGCUUGUUUCGUUGGCCUCAUGGAUGUCCUGGACAAGGGCUGGGCCUCCCCUAAAGGCUUGAACGGGCUUCUUGGCUUGGUACAAUGGUUCUGUUUGCUGCAGCGCCCUGUCUUCGCAGUUUUCGACAAGGUAUACGCUUUUGUCCGGAAGGAACCUGCGUUGAAGCCAAGACCUUUGCCGCUCGACGUGCGACAAGAGCUUGCUGUGGCCCUGGGUUUGCUCCCCCUGCUUACCGUCAGUUUGGACAGGCCCUACUUGAACAAGUUGCUGGCUUGCGACGCUGCUCCUGAGUUUGGUUUUGGGGUCUGCGCAGCCAAAGUUUCUCCUGUGACGAUGCAUCAACUGGGCAUACUUGCAGAGAGGCGGGGCGACUACGUGCGCCUCCACCGGCGCCCCGGAGAUGCAGAUGAAAUUCCCCGCCUUGGGACGCCUCAUCGACUGCAUCUGCCAAAACAGGCUUUCAAGAAAGUGAUUUCUUCACGGGCGCGGUGGCAAGCACAUUCAGGUGUGUUGGAGGCACACGGUUUGCUGUUGGCUCUGAAAUGGGCCGCCAGGAGUCGCGCAAGCUUCCAUAAGAAGCUUGUAGUGCUCGUUGACGCAAAGGUGGUUUUAGGGGCAGCAUCGAAAGGGCGCACGUCCGCGCCCGCCCUGCGAGGAGUCAUUCGAGCCAUCUCUGCUCACAGCCUCGCUUGUGAUUUUCUUGUGCGUCUGGUAUACAUACCCUCAGAGGACAAUCCAGCAGAUGCACCGUCGAGGGGCCAGCGUGUGCCAGUAAAGAAGACAGUCCGCAAGGCGUAG